AUUCAAAUUUUUUAUAACUAAGCGUAGACACUCUUCUCUGAACUUUUCUCUCACUGAGUUUGCGACUCUGAAAUUCAGCUACCAUGGUCGUUGCGCAGAAACUCAAAGAAGCUGAAAUCACCGAGCAGGAUUCACUUCUUCUCACGAGGAACCUGCUCCGAAUCGCCAUAUUCAAUAUCAGUUAUAUCAGAGGACUAUUUCCUGAGAAGUAUUUCAAUGAUAAGUCUGUUCCCGCGUUAGAGAUGAAGAUAAAAAAACUUAUGCCACUGGAUGCUGAGUCUCGGAGACUGAUUGAUUGGAUGGAGAAAGGUGUAUACGAUGCCUUACAAAAGAAAUACCUAAAGACGCUUCUGUUUUGUGUGUGCGAAGCAGUGGACGGACCAAUGAUUGAGGAAUAUGCAUUUUCCUUUAGCUAUUCGGAUUCUGAAAAUCAAGAGGUUUCGAUGAAUAUCAACCGCACGGGAAACAAAAAGCAACGGGGGACCUUCAAGUGUAACUCGACUACAGAAAUUACUCCCCAGCAGAUGAGGAGUUCUGCAUGUAAAAUGAUCCGAACUCUAGUUCAGUUGAUGAGAACUCUGGAGAAAAUGCCAGAAGAGCGUACCAUUCUAAUGAAGCUCCUCUACUAUGAUGAUGUAACGCCAGCUGAUUAUGAGCCUCCUUUCUUCAGGGGCUGCGCAGAUGAAGAAGCGUAUCAUCCAUGGGAGAAAAAUCCAUUGAAAAUGGAGGUUGGGAAUGUAAACAGCAAGCACUUUGUAUUAGCUCUGAAGGUGAAGAGUGUGCUCGACCCUUGCGAGGAUGAUAAUGAGGGAAUCCAAGACGAUAUGAGUGCUGGUGAUGAUUCCAUGCAACAGAAUGAGUAUUAUGAUACUGACAGUGAGGUUGAUCUUACUCAAGGGAAUCGAUUCAUAGUUGCUCCAAUAGAUAAACAGCAAGAACAGGAAGAUAAUGGCAUGAUUGAUGAAGACAAUACCCAGGACCCAAUGGAGGAUGAGCAACAGCUGGUCCGGGUAAAGGAGUGGAUCAACGGUUGUCACCGUGACACUUUUGAUCUUACUGACGUUCUAUCAAAUUUUCCAGACAUCUCCGUGGUUCUAACUGAAGAGAUCAUGGACAAGCUUGUAGAGGAAGGUGUUCUAUCAAAGAUAGGGAAGGAAACCUAUGGCAUUAACAAGGACAAGAAAUUGGAAUAUGAGUUCGCCGUUGUGAAAGAAGAAAACGACGGUCAAAUUCCUCAAGUCUUUGACAAAGCUUUGCUGGUUGAAGAUCGCAUAUACAUGAAAGCUCUCUAUCAUGCUCUUCCAAUGACACACGUGUCAGUCACUAAGCUUCAAUGCUUGCUUGAUGGAGAAGUAAACCAGUCAGCAACGCGAAAGAUAAUUGAUAAAAUGGUGCGGGAUGGGUUUGUUGAACCCAAAGGCAGCAAAAGAUUAGGGAAACGUGUUAUCCAUUCUGAGUUGACUGAAAAGAAAUUCAUUGAAGUCCAGAAAGCUCUUUGUGCUACUGAAGCUAUGGAUGUUGAUCACAGUGAACCAAAUAGUAACUCCAAAAAAACUGGUUUCUGUUUAAAUGGAAACAACAAUGAUGUGUCCACAUGUGGGAUUCUCCAUUCCAUUGGUUCAGAUUUAACACGUAUGAAAGUGACAUCGGAAACAAACUAUACUGACUCCGGGAGUGGACAGAAAAUGACGAAGGCAAAAGAGCCGGGGAGCACCCCUAUAAGCAGGCCAGUUAUAUCAAGAGAGAGUUUUGCCCUAGGCAAAGAGAACGGUAGAACAAACGGAAUUGCAAAUCAAGGGGACGAAGCUGAUACAAUCAUAUGCAGCAGGUCUUCCCAGGACAAACGACCAAGGAAAACUAGCGCGGUCAAGGAGCCUAUCCAUCAAAAUAUGAAGCGACAGAGAUCUGAGGCCCUGUGAAACUGAUUUCAGAUCCCUCUCUAGUUGCCGAUAGUAUAGUUACAAAAAUGGAUCUGUGCACGCCUUUAACACCAUCGUAUAUGGCAUAUAAAAUAAACACUUGGUAGUCGUAGUAGCAGUUACAACGACCUGGCAGUAAUCCCUGGGGUCUGCAUUCCUAGCCGAGUUUUUUUAUAUUUUAUUUUUGUAAUUGGCUCACGUCAAGUAUGCUGUUGCUAUUACUUCUUCACAAAUUUUAGUUGAUCAAAGUAGUCCCCACCGCCCACAGCUUCA